AUGUUGGUGUUGACGAAAAACAACGUGGCCAACAUGAAUGCAAUGGUUGUGCUUGACGACUUCGAGCACAUGGUUGCCGUAGGAGAUCAGCAAGUUGCCAGUAUGGUUAUGGUAGUCACGGCACGUGCUCUAUGGCAGAAAGCCGUCAAGAUGUGCAAACUCAAGGAUCAGACUUGGUUAGGUCGAUAG